GCAGUCUUGCUCUCCGGGCGGCUCUCUCUUCCCCAUUUCGCUGCUUUGUUUUCAUCGUCGCUCCUCUGAUCAUGGCUGCCCAUUCUGCAGAAGAACCGUUCCCCUUCCACGGACUGCUUCCCAAAAAAGAAACUGGAGCCACGUCUUACCUCACCAGGUUCCCCGAGUACGAUGGCCGAGGAGUGCUCAUCGCUAUCCUGGACACCGGCGUGGAUCCCGGAGCCCCCGGCAUGCAGGUUACAACUGAAGGGAAGCCAAAGAUCGUCGACAUCAUCGAUACAACAGGCAGCGGUGACGUGAAUAUGACCACGUUGGCAGAACCUAAAGAUGGGACAAUCACUGGCCUCUCUGGUACAACACUUAAGAUCCCACCUUCCUGGGUCAAUCCAUCAGGGAAGUAUCACAUUGGAGUUAAAAAUGGCUACGAGUUCUUCCCUAAGGCUCUAAAAGAAAGAAUACAGAAAGAGCGAAAGGAGAAGUUGUGGGACCCACCACACCGAGCAGCACUAGCUGAGGUCUCACGCAAAACCGAAGAGUUUGACCUCGCUCACCCAACACCCUCACAGUUGGAGAAGUUGCAGAAAGAAGAGCUUCAGAGUCAGUCAGAGCUGCUGGCUUCACUAGAAAAGAAGUACAGUGACCCUGGUCCUGUAUAUGACUGUGUGCUUUGGCAUGACGGAUUCACAUGGAGGGCUGUGGUUGACACUUCAGAGAGUGGGGACCUGCCCCAGUGCACAGUGCUGAGCCCCUACAAAGAGUCGCAAGAGUAUGCCACGUUGGGAAAUGCUGAGAUGCUUAACUACUCUGUUAAUAUUUAUGAUGAGGGAAACACACUCUGCAUCGUCACCAGUGGAGGGGCUCAUGGGACACACGUGGCAAGCAUCGCAGCAGGUUACUUCCCAGAGGAUCCUGAUCGCAACGGCGUGUCCCCCGGAGCCCAAAUCCUGGCUAUUAAGAUUGGAGACACCCGCCUCAGCACAAUGGAAACAGGCACUGGACUCAUCCGCGCGAUGAUUGAAGUCAUCAACUACAAGUGUGACCUGGUUAACUACAGCUACGGGGAAGCCACCCACUGGCCUAAUACAGGGAGGGUUUGUGAGGUGAUCACAGAGGCUGUGCAGAAGCACAAUGUGAUAUUUGUUUCAAGUGCAGGAAACAACGGUCCGUGCCUUUCCACGGUCGGCUGCCCAGGAGGAACCACCAGCAGUGUCAUAGGAGUUGGAGCAUAUGUGACUCCAGACAUGAUGGUGGCCGAGUAUUCCCUGAGAGAGAAGCUGCCUCCCAACCAGUACACCUGGUCAUCAAGGGGCCCCUGCACAGACGGGGCCCUGGGGGUCAGCAUCAGUGCGCCAGGCGGGGCCAUUGCAUCUGUACCCAACUGGACACUUCGUGGUACACAGCUGAUGAACGGCACUUCCAUGUCGUCCCCUAAUGCCUGUGGCGGCAUCGCACUCAUCCUCUCAGGAUUAAAGCAGAAUGGUAUCCCUCCCUCUGUUCCUGCGGUGAGGAGGGCGCUGGAGCACACAGCUUUGAAGAUCGAUGACAUCGAGGUGUUUGCACAAGGGCAUGGAAUAAUCCAGGUGGAUAAGGCUUUAGACUACCUCACUCAACACGCCUCUUUACCCUCAAGCCAACUAGGAUUCUCAGUAAGUGUGGGAUCACAGAGAGGCAUCUACCUCAGGGACCCAGCCCAUGUUCUCGCACCUUCAGAUCACGGAGUAGGAAUUGAACCAAUCUUCCCCGAAAACACAGGGAACCCUGAGCGAAUCUCCUUGCAGCUACACUUAGCGCUGACAUGUGCCGCCCCGUGGGUCCAGUGCCCCACCCAUCUAGAGCUGAUGAACCAGUGUCGCCAUGUGAACGUCCGUGUCGAUCCUGUGGGGCUGAGAGAAGGAGUGCACUACACAGAGGUGUGUGGGUAUGAUACAUCAGCACCUAGCUGUGGACCUCUUUUCAGAGUCCCAAUCACAGUUAUAAUCCCUGCCAAAGUGACAGAUAGUCGUAAUCCAGAGGUGUCUUUCACAGACGUGCACUUCAGACCGGGUCAGAUCAGACGCCACUUCAUCACUGUCCCUCAGGGAGCCUCCUGGGCAGAGAUCACACUGACCUCUCAUUCGGGAGACGUGUCCUCAAAGUUUGUCCUCCAUGCGGUGCACCUGGUCAAACAGAAGGCGUACCGAGCUAAUGAAUUCUACAAGUUCUCCUCACUGUUGGAAAGGGGCUCACUAAUUGAAGCUUUCCCUGUGCUGUCCGGCAGGAUAGUAGAGUUUUGUAUUGCACGCUGGUGGGCGAGCCUGGGAGACGUCACCGUGGACUACAGCAUCUCGUUCCAUGGACUCCACACUUCCCCUUCACCCCUGCACAUAAAUGCCUCAGAGGGAGUGACGAGUUUUGAUGUGUCGUCACCUCUGAGGUACGAGGAGGUGUCCCCCACUAUCACCCUUAAGUCCUGGGUUCAGCCUCUCAGGCCCUUAAAUUCAAAGAUAAAAGCCCUGGGAUUGAGGGACGUUCUGCCAAACAACAGACAACUCUAUGAGAUUGUCCUCACCUAUAGCUUUCACCAGCCGAAGAGUGGAGAGGUCACCCCCAGCUGUCCCAUGCUGUGUGAGCUGCUGUAUGAGUCUGAGUUUGACAGUCAGCUCUGGAUGCUACACGACCAGAACAAGAGACUACUGGGCUCUGGGGAUGCCUACCCACACCAGUAUUCUCUGAAGCUGGAAAAGGGGGACUACACCGUGCGUCUGCAGGUCCGCCACGAGCAGUCCAGUGAGCUGGAGCGCCUUAAGGACCUUCCGUUUGUGGUGUCUCACCGUCUGUCCACCACUCUCAGUCUGGAUGUCUACGAGUCACACCGCGCUGCCCUCAUGGCCAAGAAGAAGGCAAACUCUCUCACCCUCUGCCCGGGCGCCACUCAGCCCUUCUACAUCACAGCCCUGCCAGACGACAAGGUCCCAAAGGGGACGAGUCCAGGAUGCUAUCUUUCAGGUUCUCUGGUUGUUCCCAAGAGCGAGUAUGGCAAGAAAGCAGAUGUCGUUCCGAUCGUGUACCACUUAAUUCCUGCUCCCAACAAAACAAAGAACGGCGGGAAGGAGAAGGACAAGGAAGCAGACAAAGAGAAGGACGUGAAGGAGGAGUUUGCAGAAGCUAUGAGAGACUUGAAGAUCCAGUGGAUGCCAAAGUUGGACACCAGCGCCAUCUAUGAUGAAUUGAGGGAAAACUACCUAGAUUACCUCCCCCUGCACGUGCAAAGGCUGCACCAGCUGGACUCUGAAAAGGAGCGCGCCAAACGUCUGAAGGAGGUUGUGUCUGCUGCCGACAUCGUCAUCUCCCACAUCGACCAGACGGCCCUGGCUGUUUACCUCACCUUGAAGACUGACCCUCGGCCUGAUGCCGCCACAAUCAAGACGGACAUGGAGAAGCAGAAGUCCUCUUUGCUGGACGCUCUGUGCAGGAAGGGCUGUGCUCAGGCCGACCAUCUCCUGCUGCCCCCCCCGCUGCAGGAGGGGGCCGCUGCGGGGAUAGUGGAACAGGUGGCCAGCAGCUCUGAUGACACUGUGUACUGCGUGGUGAAAGCGUUGACAGAAACGUUUUGGGAGGUGCAGAAGUGGGCGGAGCUAACUGACUCCAAGGUGUUGAUGUUUUCAUACAAACACGCUCUUGUGAACAAGAUGUACGGCCGAGCCUUAAAAUAUGCCUCAAAGAUGGUGGAGGAGAAGCCCAGCAAAGACAACAUGAAGAACUGCGUCCAGCUGAUGCGACACCUCCGAUGGAGCCACUGCGCCACCUUCAGUGAGAACUGGCUCCCUGUCAUGUACCCCGCAGAAUACACAGCUUUCUAGGCACAGACGCACAUGCAUGCACCAGCCGCACAGUCCAUUAAAUGGUAACUUGAAUAUCAUGCCCCUCAGGGUCACAUGGUCUAUGCAUCUGGGUUUUCAAAUAUAGAUGUAGAGGGACACCAAAAUGAAGGAUAACAGAGUGUGAACGGUUAGAGGCACUCGGCACCUUAUAAGGCGAGAGGGGAUCACGCUCGUCCUGUCUUUAAAUGUCUUGUCAUCACAGACAAAACAAAUCAUUCAGUUUAUAUUUUUUAAAUGUUUUAAACCGUUGCCAAGGCUUGAUGAUACUGUAGCUCGAUGCUUUCUUAGUUGGCUGUUGUCCUUUUUAUUUUGGCGUCAGAUACAUAUUUAGAGGCUUUCACAUCCCGCUCGUCGUCAGCUCACCGCACUCCAGAUCACAUAGGUAACCUCAUUCACUGCAUAUCACAUAGGUAACCUCAUUCACUGCAUAUCACAUAGGUAACCUCAUUCACUGCAUAUCACAUAGGUAACCUCAUUCACUGCAUAUCACAUACAGUGGGGCAAAAAAGUAUUUAGUCAGCCACCAAUUGUGCAAGUUCUCCCACUUAAAAAGAUGAGAGAGGCCUGUCAUUUUCAUCCGAGGUAU